CAUCAUAAUGAUCAUUCCCUGGCAAGCUCUUUCGUUAGAACUUCUUGCAGAUAGUACGGAAGGUGUUUGUCUCGUUCGUAAAUGCUUUUGACGACGAUUGCGCCGAGGGAAAACUGACCGUGCCAAACCUCGCAGUAAAAGAAAUGAGUAAUGUGGGGGAGUGAGAACUUCCAUACACCCGCCACAACUGUUCUUUGUCACGAGCGGGAGCAUCAGCAGUCAAUUCUCCAGCGCAACUCCAUAAACGCAACCACUCUCACUGCUACCAAUCACCUCCCCGCCAACAAUCAGACUCAAUUAUCGUUGAGAUGGCUCGCUCCGAAGAAGCACAAGCUUUUUUCCACGCCGUCUACAGCGCCGUGCAAGAGAUUCCACACGGCAAAGUCACCAGCUACGGCCACAUUGCAAAGCUGGUUGGGACGCCGCAACGGCCCCGGCAGGUAGGAGUCUGCCUCAAACACCUCCCCAUUGACCCGUCAGCCCGGUUCAAUCAUGAGAAUGUACCCUGGCAGAGAGUGAUCAAUGCCAAGGGCGUUAUUUCUCCUCGAUCUCAGCCGGAAGGAUCACGCAGCCAAGCGACAGCAUUGGAGGCGGAAGGUGUCAUUGUUACAACGGGGGCAUUGGGAGAGCUCAUGGUUGACUUCGCAGAGUAUGGAUGGUUCCCCAGGAUACUGCCGUCAGAGGAAGGAGAGGAGCUAGAGUCCAUUGAUAGCGAGGAAGGCGAAAGCGACGAGGAAUAGCAAAAGAGACAUGAUCAUUGAAAGACUCAAAUCGCAUGAUCAUAGCAUAUGUGUCUAGGCAAUAUCAAGAAUCACGGGUUUACAAAGAGUGAAGGUUAUGAAAAGG